AUGGAGGUGGAGGAGGAGGAAAGACGCUCUCCACACGAUCGUGGGGAAGCGUGUGUUCCCGAGAGCUUCUUUGAUCGCGUAACGCAAGGGUUACGCGACGAUCUCGAACAUGAGCGGAAUAGGCGUCUCCAAAUGGCGGACACUGCCUCGAAGCAUCGAGCUGAGUUUGCCUUUGCUCAGCUUGAGAACUAG